UUGUAAAUGCGGGGAUAGCUAUUAAACGCUUGGUUUUUUAUUGAAUUUUUUCUCUCUUUCUCCUUUUCGAAACCGGUUCAUGCGAUGAAGAGAGAUAAGAACGACAAGUAAUAUAGGAAGCACACCAUCCCCUUUGUCUACGGUAGUCAUUAAUCUGUAUCGAUUCAGUUAGAGUGUCAUCGGGAAUCGAACGCUUCUCGAUGCUUAUUGGAUUCGAUGAUCUGAUGUCAUUAUGCGCUGUUGCUUGCAUUAUGAAGACAGGGCUGGAUAUAAUUGUCUCGCCGUCUCGCCCUGGAAUUGUUUGAUUGCUACCUUCUAUUAAGUUCGCUUCUUUCUCAACACGGAUUGAGAUAUACGAUGUGAUAUAAGAUUCAAGCUACAGGCGGAAAAGACUUUUAAUAAUUAACAUAAUACAUAUUUUGUUCUAAUAUCGUUCUACGGUUCACAGCUUAAUCUCCCCUCAAACCCUAUCACCUGUUUUCAGAUUAUCUUGACAUAUCGAAGUCCUAUGGUACUGCCUGUCUCUUGGCGAUUCAAUAAAAGCUUUGAGGCUAUCACACAUCUACUGGUACUUGCCUGCUCCAGCUUGACCUGAUAGGCCAGUUGCCUCGACCGUCAUAUUCCGUCAACAGUACUAAUAACAGUACACGACCUACUUAUCUAGUUGAUACUAGUCAGCGAGAACCGAACGUCUCAACAUAUCCGUAAAUCCUUGGCAAUGUACCGAGCAAAGUUCCAGCACCCUCACUUAGGCCAACUCGACUUGAAUGAGUUCGUCGCCGAAGACGCGCUGAAAAUACAAAACAACAAUCUCGCUUCCAAUUUACUCGUUAGCCCAGGAACAGAAAAAGCACAAGCAGAAUGGAACGAACUCAUGAGUGGAAAUGACCAGGCUUUUAUGGAUCUGAACAUCACAGAGGAUGAUUCAUUUUCGGCGAUAUUCGAUGAUGUCAUACAGAUACCAAAUACAACUCUCAACACAAACACGAAUGAGAGACGACAGGAUGGGAUCGAUGGGAGUCAAAAUACCACAGAGAAUGCGAUUAACCUGUUUGGUGAUUUGUUCACAAAUAUCCCUGAGAGUUCACUGAACGUCGACAACUCCAAACUCAUCCCUACCUCUGAAAUUAAAAAUAGUCCCAAGAGUCCGACAGAGAAUGCUCCAUUCGACGUUGAAGUCACAAACAAUUCGCCGAACAUUAAUUUGGCCACUCUCAAACCAUCCAAGAAACGAAUGUUAAGUCCUCUUACCCAUCCGAAAGAUGCGUACCCACUCACCACCGACUCAAAUUCCAUCUCUUCAACCACAUCACUUCCCCCAAAAAAGAAACGUCGCCCCCGCGCCAAGAAGAUUCUCACCCCUGCAGAAAUACUCCGGGCUCGGGAAAAAUAUCUCGAAAAAAACAGACGUGCAGCAAGAAAAUGUCGACUUAAGAAGAAAGCCGAGAUGAGCGCUGAUCAAGAAAGAUACGAGCGUUGUGUUGCCGAAAUCAAUGCUACGAAAACCAAGUUGUUGGAAAGUCGGAGGGAAUUGCUGAAUUUGAUUGAAAUUUGUAAAGGAAUGGUAAGGGAGGGAUGCGGUGACGCGACCAUUAGGAAAUUUAUGGCGAACUGGGAGAGGAGAGAAGAGGCUUACAGGGGAAUGCUUGAGAGUGCGGAUGUGGGAGUUGAGGCUUGGAAGUUGAUCGAGAAGUGUAGGAGUGCAAGAUUAGGAGAGGGAGCCUUGGGGGAUGCCGUGGAUUUUGAGGGAGACAGGGAAGGGCUUAUGUGUGGUGCAAAUCUCUGGGAGGCGGGGAGUGGUUAUGGAGUUGGACACGAAGCGAUUAUCGAUCAAGUAGAUUGUGAUAUGGACCCGGGAACGACAGUCAAAUCUGAAAAUCAAACCUACAGUGCUUCGGCAAAUAUGGGAUGUGAUAAAUCGACUUCGUUUGGUUCUCUUCAAUCCUCACCUCUAGUACAGCAAACACAGUUAUACGAACAACAAAUAAAUCAGCAGCAGCAGCACAGACCGCCAGAUCCGAAGUGGCAUGAUAUGAUUACCUCCUUACAACAAAGCUAUGCUCUAGAUCCUACCGCAGCUGUUCCAAACCACAAUGAUAACGGGAAAUUUCUUUUCCAGAAGCUCUUAGAUCAAAUCAAUAAAUCAAGGAGUACACCUGUACCUAUGAAUACUCUCACCUCACCUUUGUUCCAACAGCAAGAACAAGUCAUUGGUCCCACAGAAGAAUCAUCCAUAUCUACACCAGUUGAUCUCGCCUUUACAUCUCUAAGCAAUUGCCCAGCUCAAGUCGAAGGUCACCCACGAUCGCGAAUUAGCCAUCUACAACGUCGACCAGACUGCUUCGUAACAACAUCAGGAAUACGUCAACAAAGCUUCGACAGCGGCUAUGGAUCAUUUUCCUCCGCAUCAUCUUCUCAGAAGAAUUCAGCAACUCCUUCUCAAACCUCAGAUAUCAAUGCAAAUUGCUGGUCUCCGGAUUUAGCUCCUGCAUGCAUUGGCAGUGUUGAUAUUGUUGAUAUUCAGUCACCGCUACUCUCCGAUCAAGUAAACGACACAUGUCUGGAUUUCGUUCCUGAGAACCAAAUUGAAAUCGCAGACGGAGGUAAUUAUCUACCUCUAACCUCUACCGCGAACCUAGUUCCAAAUUAAUUCUGGGGGAUGGAAGAAAAGUCUAAGAAUGACUCGGUGGAUUCAAGUUCUUUCUCUCCUUCAAAAAUAUCUUGAAACUGAGUACCGAGAAUCACGCAUGUGAAUACGAACACGCGUAUGCAUGCAUAUAUGUAAAUAAGAUAUAUUAGCGUGCGAUACCCCGUGGCGGCAAAUAAAGUAGUAAAGUAGUUAGCGAAGUGAUCAUUUCGU